CGGUGGCGGGGCAGUGGCAGUACCCUUCCUCUCGUGCCUCGCCACGACGACUCCCGAGGCUCGUUCUCCCGAGCCUUUUGUUUUGUGUAAAGAUAAAGAAAGAGAAAAAAUAUUAAUUGCAAAAGUGCCAGAUUGAAUAUUAUAAAGAAAGAACAAGAGGAGGAUAGACAGGCAAAAGCACCAUAGAUGGAGGAUAUCAGAGAUCUUGUGGUGCUGCCAUCAUGCCAAAGUCGUCUGUUUUUGUGAGAUUGAACUGGCCAUCAAAGAGCAGUGAGACGUCUCAAGAUGAAGUUGAAUUGUCUCCAUGUCAAGAUGUUUCCAAGACCCUUCCUGUGCAUGCUGAAAGAGAGGCAGUGGAAGAGUGUCAGAAGGGAGACAAACCAGUACAGUCAGUUAGUCCAUCAGGUGAACAUAUUGCAAGUGAAGAUUGUAAACACAUAGCUCAGGGAAUUAAGCUCAAGGGACAGUCAUCUGAGAAGGAAAAAUUGGUUAAGCAUCCAGGUAGUGGUUCAGGUAAAGUGCCUUCAAAGUGUAAUAUAGAGCAUAAUGAGGCUCCUAGUAGUAAAGUGGGCACACCCAUGCUUGAUACAAGUCAUAGUCUAGACUCCCCACUAUGGUCUGGAGCAAAAAGAGGGGAACUUAGUGAAUAUAAGGGUGCUGAAACCCCUUCUGGGUUGCAGAACAAGACAUCGGGAGGCUCUGUUAAGGAAGGAAAUGGGAAUGGUAAAACACAUAAGCCUAAAACCAAGCCAAAACCAAGGAGUUUGGGGAAAGGGAGGAAAAUUACUCGAUCUCUAAGUGCCUCUUGUGUCAGUGUCAGCACAAACACUGAUCCUAAGGAUUUCUUAGAGUUGGCAAGUGUUGCAAGUGCCACACUUCCAUCAAGAAGACGUUUGAAAGAGCUUACUAAAACACCUCAUGAAGAAUCAGAAAAAGCAUCACAGGACACUACUUCAACUCUGGAAACCACCACAAAGGAUGAAGAAAACUCUCAGAGUAAAGAGAUGAUUCAAGGUAAUGUAGAAGACUUGUCUAAGGAAUCAAAUGAAAAACAAAGUUCAGAACUUCAGUACCAAAAAUCAAACACAGACAUCCAUGGUCUGAAAGCAGAAAAAAAGGAAGAGGAGGAAGCUAAGGAAGGAAGCAGUAAUAACCAGAGUAAUACUGAUACCAUCACUGUAAAGAAAGAUAAUGAAGAAGCUGAGCAGAUAGCGGAUAUUGAUUUAGAAAAAGGUUACAUAGAACUACCUAGCUAUGUGCCCAAGGAACCUACCAAAAAAUGUGUAUUACCAGAUCAUAGUAACUCGGUGUCUUUACUUCCUCUCCACCACACAAGAACUGUGGAGGAAAUGUGUAACUCAGAAUAUUUGCAUCCAAGUUAUUUUUACAAGAACUCCCCACAAGUUAUGAGUAAUAUGGUAACUGAAGAACCAAUAAAGUGUAAUUCCCCAGAGCUGGUUAGAGAUGACAAAAUUCCUGUUGGAGUAACUCCUCCAGACACCUGUAUCGUACCAAGUUCAAUGUAUCCAACAGACUUUACUGAUAUUCCACCAGUUGUGCUGCCUUCAUAUAAUCAGGUGAAUUUUGUCAAACCAACAUUCCAAUCACCAGAUGUUAAAGAUGAAAAACUGGAUCUUCUCUAUCCAUCAUUGGUUGACAGUGACUGUACAGCUCUUUAUACUGGGCUAGGGAGAAGUUACCCAAACCAGAGAGUAGGUGGCCCAGUUGGUGAAUAUGAUCAUUUUCCUUAUCCAAUACACUGGUCACCAUUACCUGGAAGAGCUGCUUCACCCCAAAGAAGGCAGAAACUUGAUAAAGAUAUAUCUGUUGAGUCAUGUCCUGAUGUAGUUCUGCAGACUCUGGAAAGUGAGGGGUCACUACAACAGAAUAAGCCUGUGAAGAAGACGGUAACAUUUCUGCUGCCACCUGAACACUGGGAUUCUCUUAUUUCACUGAGAGAAAGUAACAUUGGUGGGUACCCUCAAAGUGGUUAUGCAGAAUUAGAUGGUGCGCUUCUGCCACCAAAUGGGCAAGAUCCUUACCGCAACACUCCAUCACCUGGACUGCAUGGUCUCCCACAAGACCGAUAUGUUCGGUGGCGAGACCCAGACCUUCACGAAGUAAUAGAUUUCCUGAGCAACCCUAACAAUGUAGUGAAAGCCAAUGCCGCAGCCUAUCUCCAACACCUGUGCUACAUGGAUACCCCCACAAACAGGAAGACCCGCAUUCUGGGUGGCAUCCCUCCCCUAGUGGCUCUCCUGACUCAUGACCUUCCUGAACUACACCGUAAUGCUUGUGGAGCGCUACGGAAUUUGUCAUAUGGACGGCAGAACGAUGAGAAUAAGAGAGCCAUCCGAGAUGCCUCUGGCAUUCCCUCACUAGUCAGGCUUUUACGGAAAACUCCAGACAACGAAGUGAAAGAGCUAGUAACAGGCAUUCUCUGGAACUUGUCUUCUUGUGAAGAUUUGAAGCAUAACAUUAUAGAUGAUGCUCUGACUGUUAUUGUAAGUCAUGUGAUCAUUCCUUGCUCGGGCUGGGAUGGUGGGGAUGUCGAACGGGAUCCCAAUGUGGAUGUGUGGUGGUCUACUGUAUUUAAAAAUGCAUCGGGUGUUUUAAGGAAUAUAAGUUCUGCUGGCGAAUAUGCGCGAACGAAGUUACGUCAGUGCAAUGGUCUAGUGGACUCACUACUCACAGUUAUUAAGUCUGCCAUCCAGGGAUCUUCCCACGAUAACAAGAGUGUUGAGAACUGUGUUUGCAUCCUGCGGAACCUUUCCUAUCGCUGCCAAGAAGUUGAGGACCCUAACUACGACAAGAACCAGCCUCCAACUCAGUCUCGGGCCACAGCCACAGCGAAGGGUGAUAAUCUCGGAUGCUUUGGAGGAAGCAGAAAGAAGAAGGAGGCGGUAGGCGGGGCAGUGAAGGAGACAAGCACGGGGCAGCGAACCACAGGGCCUCGCACAGAGCCUCUGCGGGGCAUGGAGCUCCUCUGGCAACCUGAG